AACCCGGAAGUCAAAACUCAACCGUUACGUUUACAGCAUGAACGCUAUUGUUGGCUAUUAGACUUAACUAAAGUCUGUAAAAAUAAAAGAUUCCUACUAUGGCUUCUCGAGCAGGUCCCAGAGCUACAGGCACAGAUGGCAGUGACUUUCAACACCGGGAGAGGGUCGCCUCCCAUUACCAGAUGAGUGUUGCUUUAAAAUCUGAAAUACGCAAACUCAACAUUGUUCAUCUUCUUGUCUGGGUCCUCAUGAUGGCUCAGGUAACAGUGAGCCAACUGAGCCUGGUUUCACACAAAGUUGUAGCCUCCCCCUAUCAGUGGGAGUAUCCCUACCUUCUCAGCAUCAUUCCCACAGUCUUCAGUUUUAUGGCGAUGCCUCGAAACAACAUCAGCUACCUGGUAAUUUCUAUGAUCAGUGCUGGACUGUUCUGUGUGGCGCCUCUGAUCUACGGCAGCAUGGAGAUGUUCCCGGUGGCGCAGCAGCUGUAUCGUCACGGCAAAGCGUAUCGCUUCAUCUUUGGCUUCUCUGCGGUGUCAGUUAUGUACCUGGUGAUUGUCAUUGCUGUGCAGGUCCAUGGCUGGCAGAUCUACUACAGCAAGAAGCUGCUGGACCAGUGGUUCACCUCCACACAGGAGAAGAAGAAAAAGUAAUGUUAUUUAAGCAAUGCUACUUAAAGCGUUUGCAAACGAGUUCAACCUAUAAACUGUGGCCUAUUUGGAAUACUUUUACCACACAGGUAAAACCAUUGAGCUGAGACACAGAAAACUGACUUUCAAAAGUAACGUUCCACAUCAUCAUGUUCUGUGUAUUUAAAACAUGUUCAAUUGUUGCCUGAACAUGUUCUUUGACAGCUUGUGUGCCUCUUGAACAUUUCUGUCAUUUCAUCAUCCACAUUAUAAUAAAGAAAAAUGAAUGAUUUUUGAAAAAAGAAAAAAAGCCAAAAAUAAAAUUGGAAACCAGCAACUCA